UUGCGCUCUGUUGAACCGACCAAUCACAUAAUAGCAAAGUGUGAAUGACGUAAGCUUUCGCGCGAAAAGGUCUGCGGUGCGAACGCGAGAGGGAUUUCUGGCUUUUGUUCAACGCCGCACGUCGCCAAAAGUAGGCGGUGUUCGCAGGCUACGAUCAUGACGGACUUAAAAAAAUGUCAAUGAAAGUCCUCUGUAAAAGUGCUUCAUGUGCUCAUCGCUAUGUUCAGCUAAUGAGAGAAUAUAUAUUUUCUAGAAGUGUCGUAUUGUAAGCGUCAAUCAAGGGCUAAACGCUUCCUACAGAUUGUAAUCAGGAGGAAAGAGCGGCAUUUAGAACUCGCUGUCAACAAAUCGAGCGAAGCUACUUGAUUUCCUGGUUCCUUUAUUAAUUUGAAAUAGAUAUCGUCCUUCUCGACAAUAAUUUUUUGAGUUGAAAGCUUCUAUUAAUUAGCUUAAACUUUGAAGAGUCUUUAGCUACUUAGAAGCUCGUUCAAGCGUCGCCGGUAUUUUUCGGCGUCCCUAAACAAAAGCCGGAAAUCUGCAUGUUUCAUUUGUGACAUCUCCCACGACGGGAUACAAAGAUAACAAACAUUCUCUGAUUGGACAAGUUUCAAAGGGCGAAUUUGGCGCGAAAACGUUCUUGAAAAUGGAACGGAAGCGGUGAUUGGCUAAUUUCGUGAAAGGAAUGUUGUUCGGUUGUGAGCAGCCGUUUCUUUGGGGGAGCGUUGCGUGACAAAGAUGACUUCUGCCCUCUCACCAACGGAUGCAUUUUAAGUACAAUGUGAUAUAUGAAGGGUUCAUUUUCGGUCAGCAUCUUGGUUAAAAAUCCACUUUUUAAGAAAUGCAACAAAAGACUUGGAAUUUUACGUAAAAAUAUAAAACGUGUCAGUCGUUGCAGAAACGAUGAAUGACAUUCAAGGCUCGAAUACAAGCAAUGGCUCAGCGAUGCCAGUAACCACUUUUACUCUGGAAACGUUCUUCAUUUCGGCGCUGUAUUUCGCCAGUGCUCUGAUUUCUGUGUUUGGGAACAUUCUUGUCAUGUUGGCGGUUUGCACCAACAGACGACUGCAAACAACAAGUAAUUAUCUCCUUGUCGCUUUAGCUGUACCCGACUUCUUUCAAGGAGCAGUCUCACUUCCCCUCAGACUCGUAGAAGUUCUGAAGGCAGAAUGCGACCAUCAAUCCUUUUGCCGUGCUUCAAUACACGUUUCCACAUUAUUUGGCGGCGCCUCAAAUCUCCACAUCUUACUGAUCGCUACUGAGAGGAUCAUAUCCAUAUGUUGGCCAUACUUCUAUAGCAGUUGGGUCACAACAAAACGCGCUUUACUGGGGGUGUGUGUGACCUGGUUGUGGACGGUUAUUUUCUCGCUUUUACCUGCCAUGGGUUGGGGUGCAAGGGAGCCAGAAAAUUCAGUUACUUUUUGUCGGUUUCCCGCAUUUCUGACCCAAGAGUACAUCUCAUUUCUGUUCGUAUUUGUCCAUUUCAUUCCCAUAAUCACGGUUACUUUCCUUACAACUCUCGGACUGAAGGAAAUUCCGAAUUUGAUCCGGAGCGUGUGGAAGAAGUACGGAAAAGGAAAGCAGAAGCAGCAAGGCAAAGAAAAUCCACACGUAUCGUGGCUGCAGUUGUGGGAUCCUUUAUCCUCUUGGUUGUCCCUAUCAUUAUUAUUGAUAUUGUUGAGAUGCUCAGAGGUGCAGUUGUACCAGUACCAGUUGUUAAGACGACGGUUCUGAUGAUAUAUGCCAAUCAUUGCGUGAAUGUUUUCAUUUAUGCAGGUUUUAACAGUGAUUAUAGGAAAACGUUUAAGAAGAUUGUUCUGAAAGGCAUAAAUUUUGUCAGGGGGAGAAGCUCGAAUGAAAUACAAUGCACAAACUCAUUAGAACAGAUAAACACAGAGGGACAAGAUUAAAAAUACAAUGCUGGUUGGUUAGUUAUGGCGAAAGUUUAAAUGCAGUUUCAGCUCUGAUCAUGCUUAAAAGGUAAAUACGUGAGCGAAGCGUGUAACUUUCGAUAACUAGUUCCAAACGUAUUCGAUUUAUGUUUAGUUCGAUCGAAACCGCCUAAUUAGAAGGGUGUGACUUUACUUAAGAUUUUAUUGAUCCUUUGUAAGUAAACAGUAUCUAUUGCUUAAGUGCCGGUAUGACGAAAAUUGCUUCUCUUGAUUCCGUUUGUUUUUCCUGCAGUUUCAUUGUUUCC